GCCUCAAAGUCUUUCCGGGGAAAACUAUUUUUCAAGAAAUAGCCUCAGCCGAGAACCGUGGUACCGACCCUGUUAGCACACAAAUUGAAAGUUAUCUUGGCUCGGAACGGCAAACUUAAGGCUUUCUCUGCAUAAAGUGUGGUUGUUAUGGUCGGAACGCCCAGUUCCACGUCAGCAGGUUGCACAACAAACACGUCACACUAGUUUCUCCAGAACUUCAACGAGGAGCUGGGUAAAUACAUUCCUGUUGACAGAAAGUAACUGAAAAUGGAUCUUGUAAAACAUACAGGUGGCUGCCACUGUGGAGCUGUUAGAUUUGAAGUCUGGAGUUCUCCAGACCUCCAUGUUUUCCAUUGCAAUUGUAGCAUUUGCACAAAGAAACAAAACCAUCAUUUCAUUGUUCCAAAAAAUAGAUUCACACUCUUACAGGGGUUGGAUAGUCUGACCACAUACACAUUUAACACCCAUGUUGCUCAACACACCUUCUGUAAAACCUGCGGAGUUCAAAGUUUCUACACACCACGCUCCAACCCAGAUGGAUAUGGCAUUGCUCCACACUGUCUGGAUCCAGGUACAGUUCAAAGUGUCACAGUGGAGAAGUUUUGUGGGGAGAAGUGGGAGGAAAGCAUGCAAGCUCACAAGAGCAUCAGGGACAUGUCUAGACCUGCACCGAACACAGUGGAAAGAAAAUCACAAGAUAAGACAUAAGAAUCACAUCUUGUUUUAAUCAGUAGUACAUCAGAGAUACUGUACAGUAAUUUGGAAAAUGUUUCCAAC